UUGCAUAACUUUUCUUGUGUGUUUUGGGCCAAUAAACAUCUUUAAGUAUCGAUAUAAAAACAAUAUUACUAUCGGUAUAUCGAUAAGAGCAGAUAAAGGAAAAACAAACUUCUGUGUUAAAGUCGAGGCACAUUAAACGUGCCUUGGUUAAAGUACACAGUUUAUUAAUAAGUUCGUCUUGUUUCGCAAAUUUAUUUAAUAUUAAAAAAUAAUAAUGUUGGUUGGAAAAUGUUUUCCUUUUCAAAUUAUACAACGCAGUAUAACAUUACUUACAGCAAACCAUAUACGAGUGCAUAACCAUAAUAAUGAGGAAGGUAAGAAUGUUGACGAAUUGCUGCGACCGGAUAUUCUGUUAUCAGAGGAAAACAAAUUACGUUCAAUACAAUGUAUGGAAAAAUCGACACCAGUUGGAUUAAGGUCGUCUAAGACAACUCGCGAAAAAACAUUCGCUGCCGUCCUCAUUUGCCUCUGCACAAAUGAAAGGAAAGAGAUCUCAAUACUUUAUACCCGCCGUUCCGGUCGACUCUCUAGGCAUGUUCGACAAAUAUCUUUUCCUGGUAAGCCGGUUAAGUUUGUUGUAGUUUUCUCUUGCUAUACUCUGUUGUAUCCAGGUGGCAUAAAGGAUCCUGAAGAUGCGGAUUUCAUAGAUUGUGCGUUGCGCGAAACUGAAGAGGAGAUCGGUUUACCACGCAGACGCAUAAAUGUCUGGGGAACAGGCAACCUUAUAUCACCGCCAAAUACUGCCGCUAUAAUGCCCGUUGUGGGCACUGUAGAAAAUUUUACUUUAAAAGAAUUAAAACUCAAUGAAGACGAAGUAGAGGAGGCAUUGGUAAUACCUAUUAAAGAAUUGGUACAUCCAAAAACUAUAAAACACACUCAAUUUAAAUCAGGUUGGAGUACCCCAAAUUUCGUAGUCGGCCAGAAUAAAGUUUGGGGCAUUACAGGCUUCAUAACAAAUACUUUUCUUCAAUGCCUUAUUCCGACAGAUCUAAAGAGACUUAAACAUCAUGUCAAAUACAUUCGUCCCUUUAAGAUAAAACAUUGACGAAAAAUCUAAAAAAAAAAAAAUUGUAAAUACGACUUUAUGUAUUGUAAGAAACCUGUUAUUCUAAGAGAUUAAUUUAAUGUUGUCAGGUUUUGUAAGAAAAUAAACCAAAUCAAUAAUCGGAUAAA